AUGCACGGAUACAGCUCCUCAGAGGAAGAGGAAGACCAUCGUCGCCCUCGUCCGGCUCCGGCCUCGACCAACAACAACGACCAGAAGAAGAAAAAGAAGAAGAAGGCCCCUCCCCAGCAGUCCAUCAACCGCAUCUGGAAGAAAUUCCAAACUAAGCAGUUUCACAAGGCCCUGGCUGUGCUGCCUUUCGACCCUGUCCUGCCACCAGCCAAUGCAGACAAGCCUAACGAGCUGUUGACCGCCGGUUAUGAGCGAGCUGUCGACGAAUGCCGUCGCAAGGUCAAAAAAAUCAUCCAGGAGUGCCGGAGAGUCAAUAUGCGAUACCGCGACCCUGGUUGGGAUCUUGACUGGGAUUUGAAGUGGGAAAAGGGCCACUGUUUGAACACCCUAGGUCAAACAAAGUGGCAACUCUCGAGAACGACACUUUCUAACCCCAGCGCAUCUGUUCCCAAAGCCGUCAAGCGUGUGCACGAGAUCUUUGAGAGCCCCAAAUUCAUGAAGAAUCUCGAUGGCGGUGAUGUUAAGCAGGGCAGCUUAGGCAACUGCUGGCUGAUGGCUAGUUUGACUGCCCUUUGCAAUGUCGAAGAUGGAAUUAAGCGUAUCUGUGUCGAGUAUGAUACUCGUAUUGGCAUUUACGGCUUUGUUUUCUAUCGCGACGGCGAAUGGAUUUAUUCCAUUGUCGACGAUAAGCUCUACCUUAAGUCGCCUUGUUGGGAUUCGCCUAGCAUGCAGCGCGAUCUCCUGCAGCAGAUUGACCGAGAGGACGUCGAGCGAGUCUAUCGCAAGACGUAUCAGACCGGUUCCAAGGCCCUCUUUUUCGCUCAAUGCAAGGACCAAAAUGAAACAUGGGUGCCCUUGCUCGAAAAGGCUUACGCCAAGGCUCACGGCGAUUUUGCCUCUCUUUCCGGUGGUUGGAUCGGCGAGGGAUUGGAAGAUCUCUCCGGCGGCGUUACUACCGAGCUGCUCACCUCCGAUAUCCUCGAUACCGAGGGGUUCUGGGAAAAUGAACUCUCCAAGGUUAACGAGGAGUUCCUUUUCGGAUGCUCUACCGGUCUCCUCGACGGAGGCUACGGUGAGAGAGAUGGCAUUUCCGAAGGCCACGCAUACGUUAUCACGGAAGCUAGAACGCUCAAGUGCGGAGAGCGUCUGAUCAAGCUCAGAAACCCUUGGGGUAAGAUUCGUAGAGGCUUGUGGGAGGGCGCCUGGUCCGAUGGGUCUAAAGAGUGGACCACCGAAGUCCAGGAAGAGCUCGGCCACCACUUCGGCAACGACUCAGUUUUUUGGAUCAACUACGAAGACUUCCUCCGCAAGUAUCAGCACAUUGACCGGACGCGGCUAUUCCGGGAUCCUGCUUGGCGAUGCACUCAGCGUUGGAUUGGCGUUGAAGUUCCUUGGAAGUCCCAGUUCAACGAGAAGUUCCAGAUCAAGUUGUCUAAAGACGGUCCUCUGGUCUUGGUUCUAUCCCAGCUUGACACGAGGUACUUCAAGGGACUUCAGGGCCAAUACACCUUCCGUAUUCACUUCCGUAUCCAUGAACGCAGCCGCCCCGGUGCCGAGGACUACAUUGUACGCUCUCACGGCAACUAUCUUAUGGAACGGUCUGUGUCCAUCGAGCUCCCAGACAUGCCAGCAGGCGAAUACAGCGUUUUUAUGAGCGUCACUGGUGAGAGGGAUAAUAACUUGCCUUCUGUCGAGGACGUUGUCAAACGCGAAUGCCGAAAGCGUGUUGAGAACGACAAGCUCGCCCAGAUCGGCGCCGCGUACGACCUAGCACACAGCAAGGGCACGGCCCAUCUAGAAGAGGUUGCUAGACUCCGAAAGGUAAAGGAGCAACAGAGAGCUUCUGAUUCUCGUAGACAGGAGCGUCGUAAGCUGUGGGAAAGACGCCACAUGAACCGAGAAAUCACAAAGAAGCAGAGCAAGAAGAACACAGAGAAGCGUGAGCGUCGAAUCGCAAAGGCCGAGGAAGCAGCCAAGUUGAAGGCCGAAGAAGCAGCGAAAAAGGAUGCGGAAGCAGCUAAGAAGGCUGCGGAAGAGGCCAAGAAGAAGGAAGAUGAGGAGCCUAAGGACCAAGGCGUCCAGACAGAGGCUGUCAAAGAGGAGGCUAACCAGGACAAGUCUGUUCUGACUGACGCCUCUGAAAAGACUGAACAGUCAACAGAAGAAAAGGCUGAGGAUGAUAAGCCUAAGGCUGACUCCAAGGACGGCGCCAAGGAUGAUUCCAAGGAUGACUCUAAGGAUGACUCGAAAGAGGCAUCCAAGGAUGAAUCCAAGGAAGCAUCCAAUACAGAAGAACCAAAGAGCAAAAAGGACGAUGUUGCCCAGCCCGCACCACCACCCCCACCCCCAGCUGCCAAGGCCUAUGACUCGGACGGAGAUUCAUCGGACUCGCCCGUCGAGGACUGGGAGGAGCUCUACAGCAGUGACGACAUGGUUAGGAAGCCGCGCCUUACUCCUGCUGGGCCUCCCAAGACCCACGAUGAGCGUUACGAAUCCGAGGAGGAGGGCCUGCCUGACCCAUGGAACGCCAUCUGCAUUGUCGGUGUCCGUGUUUACUCCAUGGACGAGGACCUCGAGCUUCGCGUCGUCAUGGAAGGCGGCGAACUUCUCGAGGGCGGCAUGGGCAAGAAGGGCGAGGCCGACCUGGACAAUGCGCAGGCCAAUGCUGGCGGAGAGCGUGAAAAGCAGGAAGACCCUGAGGUGAAGGCUGAUGACACCGACACUGAGCCUGCGGAACCAAAGAAGGAGACCGAGUCCAAGGAUACUAGCGUCAAUGAUCAAGUUGCUAAAGAGAAGGACGAGGCCAAAGUAACAACCGAGGCAAAGAAAGAAGCGGCCGAAGACGCGACCACAGAGUCCAAUGAGGAUUCUAGGUCGGACAAGAGUGUCGACUCUACCGAGUACGACAAGCUUGACUCUGGAGCCACCACUCCGGACGUCAUUGCGACACCGCAGGCUACCCCCCUUGAGAUGGACAAGGAGUUGUGCUAG